AAUCACGGGCGUUUGGUCUCUGCAGCCGAGCGGAGAAAAGGAGAAAGAAUCGCUGGGAGAAGAGCCACUGCAGACUCCGCCGGCGCCCUGCGAUAGAUGCACGCCGACUACACAAGGGGGGAAACGCGGACGUGACACUCUUUCGCCUGCCAAGAGGACAAACGGCCGCACAAAUGCAAGGACUGGACUCCAUGCCGAUAUUAUCUGGGAGUCGUGACACGAAAGAGGGCAAAUGGGCAGCCGGCAGAGUCACAACAGUCACCAGUCCCUCAACAGUUUGGUGACAAUCUCAUCGAACCACGUGCCAGAGAAUUUCUCAUUAGAACUCACCCAUGCCACCCCUGCUGUUGAGGUCUCCCAGCUUCUUUCAAUGCUUCACCAGGGACAAUAUCAACCAAGGCCAAGUUUUCGAGGAAACAAAUAUUCCAGGAGCUAUAGAUAUGCCCUUCAAGACAUGGACAAAUUUAGCUUGAAAGACAGUGGCCGUGGUGACAGUGAAGCAGGAGACAGUGAUUAUGAUUUGGGGCGAGAUUCUCCAAUAGACAGGUUGCUGGGCGAAGGAUUCAGCGACCUGUUUCUUACAGAUGGAAGAAUUCCAGCAGCUAUGCGGCUGUGCACGGAAGAGUGCAGGGUCCUGGGACACUCUGACCAGUGCUGGAUGCCAGCUCUGCCCUCACCUUCCUCUGAUUAUAGGAGUAACAUGUUCAUUCCGGGGGAAGAAUUCCCAGCACAGCCCCAGCAGCAACAUCCGCAUCCGAGUCUUGAGGAUGACACCCAGCCGGUAGAUGCUGGUGAGAAGAAGAAGAGUUUUUCCACUUUUGGGAAGGACUCCCCAAACGAUGAGGACUCUGGGGAUACCAGCACGUCCUCUCUGCUCUCGGAAAUGAGCAAUGUGUUCCAGCGCCUCUUACCCCCUUCCCUGGACACCUAUUCUGAGUGCAGUGAGAUGGAUCGAUCCAACUCUCUGGAACGCCGGAACGGACCUUUGUCAGCCAAGACUGUGGGUUACCCACAAGGGGUGGCGGCCUGGGCGGCCAGUACGCAUUUUCAAAACCCCACCACCAACUCUGGCCCCCCACUUGGAACUCACUCCAGUGUGCAGCCUUCUUCAAAAUGGUUGCCGGCCAUGGAGGAGAUCCCUGAAAAUUAUGAAGAGGAUGAUUUUGACAAUGUGCUCAACCACCUCAAUGAUGGCAAACACGAACUCAUGGAUGCCAGUGAGCUAGUGGCUGAGAUUAACAAACUGCUUCAAGAUGUCCGCCAGAGCUAGGAAAUGACAGCAAAGCAUUUUUGUUUCCAUAUAUGUGGAAAUAGGGGACAGCGAAAACCCUGAAAGAACUGGCAUUGCCACGUAGUUGCAUUUAUCAUAAAUGUGUCUGUGUAUAUUGAAUAUUAAAUACUGUAUUUUCGUAUGUACACAAUGCAAGUGUGAUUAUUUUAAUCUGUAUUUUAAAAAUACAUUUGUACCUUAUAUUUAUGUGUAAUUUAACAGACAAAUUUUAUUUUUUUACUCCCAUGAUAAACAUGUGUCUCCUAAUCAUGUAGAAACUAGCCACUGUUCAAAUCUGAUAUAAUAUGCAACCACAAAGUAUAAAGGCACUGCUUAGAUUAGUUAUGUUGGGGAAGAAACUGUUAGGCUGUAGGAACAAUCCCACUAAAGCAUUAUUCAAUUCUUAGUUCCAUUAAGUGAUCCAGCUUCUAUUUUCUUUAACUUUUUUAAAAAAGUAAGCAUCAAGAAAAAUGUUUAACUCUUUUAUUAUUAUCGUUAUUAUUUUUACUGGUCUCUGCUAGUUCUGAGAGUUGGACUCUUACAGUAAAAUUGAAACAUGAAGUGAAAUUUUAUUUCAGGACUGGGAAGUAUCUUUCACAGACAAUGAUGUAAAAAAACAGGACUAGAAUCGGUUUUCUAACUCCCAGGCUCCUACUAUUCCAGGACAUCACACUGGCUUGUUCUUGAGAAUAUUUCUGCUAAAGUAUUAUCAUCUAUUCAUAAUCAAGGUAAACAAUGAAUUUUAUUCCAUCCUUGUAAUAUGAGAGGUGCCCCAAGGAAAUGGAAUCUGCCUUUUAAAUGGAUAACAGUGUGUAUUUUAACAGCAUAAAGUAUUAAUGGACAAAGACAAUUAUGUCGGUGUCCCUCCUAGGGUAGUAAAUAUAAUUGAUUUAUCCUGAAGCUCUUCUAUUUGAAUCUUCCCCUCUCCUCUCACAAUACUUGAACAUGUUUAUUUUUUGUAAUGUUUUUCGCUAUAACUCUUCACUCUUAGCUUUGUCUCUAGUGCAUGAUCUCAUAUUUUUGCUUUUAUUUUUAGUAUAAGAACAUUUAUAAAAUUACAGUUUCUGUUAUUGCAAUUCUGUUUUAUUUGUUGUGUGACAAACGGCAAAUUCUUUAUUUAUUGUGCUGUUAUCUCUCUGUGUGGAAUGCCUUGGAAAGGGAGAUCGUUGUUAUUAUGACUGUUCUCAUUUAUGACCUAGCUUCUAUUAAUGUUAUUUCUAUGAAUACACUAUCUUGAUUGUACUCUCCAGAAAAUUUUACUGUCAAUGAAAAUAAAAGGAAAAUUGAA